UAGAGAUGAACUAAUUGGCCGAUUUAUAAUGGAGGGACUGGUGAAGGGAAGUAGUAGGGAAGAUGAGUUUAACCAUGGCCAUACCAUAUUGAAUAAACUAGUCAAGCUCUGCUUACUUGAAGCACCUGAUUACGACACGGGAUAUGAAGCGGUAAGGAUGCAUGAUCUACUAAGAGAAAUGGCAUUGCAGAUCACAACUGAUAAACCAAGGUACCUGGUAAGGGCUGGAAUAGGAUCACUAAUGUUGGAGGAGCAGGAUUGGGUGCCCAAUUUGGAUAGAGUCUCUUUUUACCAAAUCAAGAUAAAGAGAAUCCCUGACGACAUGGCACCCAAUUGCCCCACAUUAUCAACCUUGAUUUUGUCCAGAUGUGAUUUCACAAUGAUCCCAGGUCCUUUCUUUCAGUACAUGAACAACCUCCAAGUACUCGACUUGAGCGACAACUCUGAGCUUAUGGAUUUGCCGAGUUGCAUUUCUAACUUGGAAAGUCUUAGAGCACUCUCACUUCGACGAUGCAGACGGCUCAAAUCUGUGCCACCACUGGGAAAGCUCAAAAAUCUGAGGGUGUUAGAUGUAUCUCGCACUGGUAUUGAGGAAGUACCUCAAGGCAUGGAAAACUUAGUCAAGCUUAAAUUUCUGGAUAUGGGUAGAACACGUCUCGAUGAACUGCCAAAGGAGAUAUUAACUAAACUUCCCCGGCUUCAAUACCUCAAUCUUCCUGAACGCGUGAAUGCCCCAGUUGAAGACUUGGCCAGCUUGGAACUGCUCGAAGUAUUCGGAGGCAGGUUCUGUGAUUUGCAUAGCUUUCACAAGUUCAUGAGUAGUCUCCAUAACUAUGAGAAAGAUUUGUGGUAUACCAUAUUGGUGGGGCAAGUAUAUAUUGAUCGUGACUUUGAUGACUGCAUACCGAAACAGAGAAGAGUGAUUGUAGGAGAUUACACCAUUGAAGCAGCAACAUCAAUUAUUCUUCCACGUGGCAUUGACAUUCUAGGGAUUAGCAAAUGCCAUGGGCUGAGUAGCUGCUUUGUGGACAACUUUCUGUCACGGACUACUUCUUCAAGAGGCUUGACCUGCUACAUCUCUUGGUGUCAUGAGAUAGAAUGGAUCGUCAACGUUCCCUCUGAUAGAGAUACAACUACAGACCCACACUGCAUAUCUUUCCACAGUCUGGAAGUUAGUUGUCUGCGAAAUCUUGUUGGGCUCUGUAAGGGAAAAAUUGCAUCUCACACCUUCUCGGGUCUAACAAAAUUGUAUAUC